AAGCGCUUCCACUCAGUGCCAUUCCCACCGUGCGACUGUUUGCGUCGUCAGCCUCACGUCGAGGAAAACCCCGUAACGCGUCGUGCGAAUCGUCGUCGGCGGCGAUGCGCGUCGGAUGCAGGUAUAUCGUCGGUACAGCGAGAGACAGACCGCGCGCGGAGCGUCACGACGCAAGCUCCGAGGGUGGUGUGAUGUGCGUACCGGCUUUCCGAGUUAUCGUGAUGAAACUUUAGUCCUGACGAUACAGCGGUCGCGAGCUUAAUGUGAUUGAUUUUGUGCGUAUUACGAACGGCAACGCGGCGUCGAAAAUGUGCGGAUGCUGUCGAGAAAAGAGAGAACAAUCGGCGCGUCGGAACCGCGAAUGAAAGAGAACUGCGUACGUUGAUAAAGGAUGAGUGAUCAGUUUUUCAUAGCUGUGUGAUUAGCGACGGUCUGCGAUUAGUUGCAACCAACAAAGCGAUCGGCGGGAAUUUUUUUCUCAACAAACGGAUGCCGGAUGUUGAGUAUAAUCAGAGAAAGAUGCACAUCGCUUGGACGCGUAGCUACUUUUUCCAAAGAGAAAUAUUUUAUCAUCAUAUUCCAAGUUAAUUAACAAUAUGAGAUGUGGAAGAGAAGACUGAUUAACUGUCUACAAUUUUUAAAAGUACACCUUAUCGCGAGUUAUUAUAAUUAUUCCACAUCGCAUCAUAUAAAAACGCAUCCACUUGAUUAACAGAGAAAGUAGCCGAAUUUAGCCUCAGAAAUAAAUAUUUUCAAAUCAGUACAAGUUGGAGUACUAAGAAAGUAUUUAAAGUACCAUGAAAUCUUAUUAAUUGGUGUGCACUACCUCAAAAAUAAAUAGGUUUAGUCGUGCUUGCCAAACCACGUUCGCCGACCAUUUUUAUAUGAAAUCUCUUAUACUAAUCGAAAGCUGAUUAUGCAAACAUAACAUAUCUCAAUAUUGGGACCAACGCAAAUGCUAUCGAUAUAAAAUACAUAUACAAAAAUACUGUGCCGAUGUACAGCCUUAACUAAAUUACAUUAUCAAGAGUAGCUUGAUAUAAUUUUCGACAUAAGCAUAUUACAUCCUGCACAAGAAAGGAGCGAUCGAUACUCUCGUAAAGACAAAAGAAUCUAAAGCUGGCAAAAGAUCUGCGAUUUCUAUGUUUAUUUUCUUAAAUGUGUGAUAGGAGCAAUUACAAGCGUAUUGCCGAUCAGUAAUAAGCCUGAAAUAUGUCGCUUGGCAAACAGAGCACAUCGAAAAAUAGCGGAAGGCAUUUUUUCCAUAUAUAGCUCUGAUUUUGCUGAAUAAAAGAUCAACCAAAUAGAAAAGAAAGAAAAGUGGAAAUAAAAUGAUGAAAGGAAGUCCAGGAAAGGACAGCGAAACUAUCCAGCUGGAGCCCAUGUCCAGGGCCUCUAGGCAAAACGAAUCCGUCGAUCUUACAGAAACGGAUGCCAAAGUUCCGUUAAGAAACGCCACAAGAAAGACAUGCGAUUCAGGAGAUAGCAGUGCCGGAUUGCACAGACGUAAUUUUUACGAACGCGCCAAUGAAGUCGUUAGAUGUUCUGAAAGGAAGACUUAUUGCGUGCUUUGCGUCUGUUGCUUGGUGCUUCUUAUUACAUCUCUCAUCAUCGCCCUGGCGCCUUUACGAAAUGGCUGCACUUGUUCUGAAGACGAGCUCAGUAAAAGUAUAGAUGAUGAAAAGGACGCCAUGCCUCGAAUGGAGAACGGAGAGUUAUUUCCAUGGGAUAACAUAAGGUUACCUUCAUUCGCACAUCCUACUAGAUACAAUAUUACCAUGCAUCCAAAUCUUACCACCUUAGAUUUUAGAGGACGUGUAACAAUCGAAUUUUAUGUCGAUGAAGAGACCAAAUUUAUCGUCUUCCACAGUAAAAAUUUGACAAUAAAGGAACAAAUAGUCAAAGAAGGUUACGAAGAAUUGAAGAUCGCAAAGUUACUCGAGUAUCCGAAACGUGAACAAUUGUAUCUAGAAUUGGAGGAGAAAUUUCGAAGAAAGCAGAACUACACGCUAUUUCUGAGUUUCAACUCGACGCUAAAUAAUACUGAACUUAAAGGGUUUUACUUCAGCACCUACGUCACCCCCGAUGGAGAUCAAAAAUAUUUGGCUACGACUCUCUUCGAGCCGACGUAUGCGCGCAUGGCUUUUCCAUGCUUCGACGAGCCGCAAUUUAAAGCCAAAUUUAAAAUAUCGAUAUACAGGGACAGAUUUCACAUUUCAUUAUGCAACAUGCCUAUAGUAAACACCGAAGAAGCUGGAUUUUAUCUGGGUACAAAUCUCUUACGCGAUGACUUUCAAGAGUCCGUAGAGAUGUCGACGUAUCUGGUGGCCUUUGUGGUGUGCGAUUUUAACAGAUACUUCGAACUGACAGAGAGAAAUACGUCUGUGAGUGUGUAUGCUCCAGCGCACAUGCUUCCACAAACGAACUAUUCUCUGACCACUGCUGUUAAUAUUAUGAAUUACUUUGAAUCUUUCUUCGGCAUACCUUACCCUUUGCCAAAACAAGAUCUGAUAGCAAUUCCCGACUUUGCGCCUGCUGCUAUGGAAAACUGGGGCCUAAUCGCUUUUCGAGAAAUAUACUUAAUGUAUGAUCCGAUAGAAACAUCUACCGAAAUACAAGAAUACGUAGCCGUUCUCAUGGCUCACGAACUGGCUCACCAAUGGUUCGGUAAUCUCGUCACGAUGAAAUGGUGGAACGAUAUCUGGCUGAACGAAGGAGCCGCGACUUUCUUUGAGUACAAAGGCGUCAAUCACAUCUCGCCCGAGUGGGGCAUGAUGAAUUUAUUCAUUUUGCACAAAACACAACGAGCACUCGAGCUCGACGCCCUAGCUAACAGUCAUCCAAUAAGCGUACCCGUUGCAAACCCCAUGGAGAUAGAAAGCAUAUUCGAUACGGUUAGCUAUUUCAAAGGCGCAUCCAUCCUUUAUAUGCUCGAAGGAGUUUUGUGCGAGAGUGUUUUUAAGCGCGGAUUAAACGACUAUCUGAAUUCUCAUGCAUAUGGAAACACAGAGACCAACGAUCUGUGGUCGGUUUUCACAAAGCACACAAAAAAUUCAUCUCUUGUUAAUGAGCUCGACAUAAAAACAAUAAUGAAUACUUGGACUCAACAAACGGGCUUUCCACUUGUGACCAUCAUCCGUGAUGGCGAAACUGUCACAGCGACGCAAAAGAGAUUCCUCCUUUCACCGCGCGAAAAAGGAGCGAACAUUUCGCAGUCCAAAUCACCCUUCAACUAUAAGUGGUACAUCCCGCUGAACUGCUACACACACGAACCUCCGGGCAACAUCGAGGUGUGGAUGAAUAUGACCAAUGCGACUUUCGAAAUAUCGACCGACGUUGAAUACAUCAAAUGCAACGUCAAUCAAACUGGCUUUUAUCGAGUUAAUUACCCGAACGAGAUGUGGGUCUCGAUCAUUAAAACUUUGAAGAGUAAUCACACCAAGUUCAGUUCGGCAGAUCGAGCGAAUCUUGUUGACGAUGUAUUUUCGCUGUGCGACGCGGGCGAGCUGGACGCUUCGAUCCCAUUGGAUCUUGCGCUUUAUCUUAUCAACGAAAGAGAUCACGCGCCGUGGGAAACUGCGUUGCGCUACCUAAAUCUUUGGAAGAAAAGACUAGGCGAGAGUGAAGCGUAUAAGAGGUAUAUCAUAUUUUUCAAGAAGUUGUUGAAUCCGAUUACGAAAUACGUCGGCUGGAAAGAUGAAGGAACGCACUUGAAAAAGUUGUUAAGAACCACGGUAUUGAAAUCGGCCAUCGAGCUAGAAAUGACUGAAGUGGUGAAGCCCGCAAAGAAUCUUUUCCAAGACUGGAUAUCGAAAAACAAACGCAUCGCGCCUGAUAUACGGAAUAUCGUUUACAUGGCAGGUGUAAAAUUUGGGGAGGAGACCGAAUGGCUUCAUUGCUGGAACGUUUAUCUUAAGACGCAAAUCCAAAGUGAGAAGCUGGUAAUGUUGCAAGCCCUAGGCGCGGCGAUGGAUCCUUGGCUACUUAAACGUUAUCUCCGCUUCUCGCUCAACCGAGAUCUGAUCAAGGCGCAGGACGUUAACACUGUCAUAGCGUCCGUCGCUGCCAAUACACACGGACACUACCUCGCUUGGCGACAUAUUAAAGCCUAUUGGCCGCAAAUCGAGAUCUUGUAUAUGAACGAAUCGCUCUCGAUAAGCGACCUUAUACUCAGCGUCGUUCCCGACUACUUCAUUACGGAAUAUGACUAUAGCGAAGUCUCGGAGUUCUUCAAACAACACGAUCUACGCAGCGGUGAUCGCACCUUGCAACAAAGCUUAGAAAUAGUGAAGUUCAACAUCCACUGGGUAAAAAUAAAUGCGAAAAGCGUGAAUGAUUGGCUCGUGAAGUACUUCACGUUGAAUACUUCAAAAAAUGAUACGAGUUAACCCUUGCCCGUUGGAAAUGGGACAAAAAUGAGCCGAAUUGUACAUUCAGCCAUCAUGUCAUUAUGGCUGAUUUUUCUACCUUUCUUAUUUAUACAUAAUACUCUUAAGGAAUACGUGAUACAGCCUACAAAAGUAUAGCUCUGACACUACUUGGAGGGACAAAAAAAUCAUCCAUCAUCUAGGUAUAUAUUUGCAGAUCAAAAGCCACCCAUUUCCGUCAUGUUCGUUGAGAGAUCGUUCCCGCAAAGCAUAAAAUUUAAAAAAUCGACAAUCCUUAAGCGAGGAUAAAACGUUUCCCUUGAUAAAAAUACUUCUAGUCUGUACAAAACUCAUUAUCAUAGUCCACUCGCCGGGGAGGAUCCUUAAACGAACGCAGAUAAAGCCGAAUUGUUUAUAAUGUAACGCAUUAUAUACCGAUUUAUACGCACUUUCGAAAGUAUUUAUUUAACGUGCACGCAGUGCGUGCCGAUCGGAUCACUGUAAGUGUAAAAAAAAAAAAAAAAAAAAUA